AUGAAUUUAGAUUCCAUCCACAAGUUAAUUGAAGAAACACAAACUUUUAAGCUCCAGCAAUCUUCACUGAGAUCACCUUGUGAACCAGCAGCACUUGCCUCACCACUCUCUGACCCCUGUAAUUCUUACUUACCACCCCAAGGCCUGCAUUCACAUGAUACCCGCAAUUUCUAUUCUCACUCCUAUAGCAAUAAUGACUGGGAUAUCUGUGAAGAGCUUCGAGUUCGAGAACUUGAAGAAGUCAAAGCUAGAGCUGCCCAGAUGGAGAAGACCAUGCGCUGGUGGUCAGAUUGCACUGCCAACUGGAGAGAGAAAUGGAGUAAAGUUCGAAUAGAAAGGAAUAAAGCCAGGGAGGAAGGACGGCAGCUCAGAAUAAAGUUAGAGAUGGCAAUGAAAGAGUUAAGUGCCCUCAAAAAGAAACAAAGUUCAUUAAAUGAAAAGGAGACAUCAGACACUGAAGUCAUCUGGAAGGAGAAGCCUAGUCUUUUAGAAGGCUGCUGUUCACAGGAAGCUCAAUUUCCAAAGGCUUCCCAGGAAUACAAUCCUCCUAGAAUCAAUUUGGGAAAAACACAGGUUUCUCUUAAAGAAGAUAUAAGCAAGAAGGAAAUGGAAAUGAUUGCCAAUCCAGUAAGAUUCAACCAGGAUUUGGGUUUACAAAGCUCUGAUUUCUUUAGAAAAAGUGUUUCUGGCAACUGUGUGACAAAGCCUGCACUGAGUCUGGAUAAUGUCCCACAACCUUUGGAGAAGGAAUUAAUUCAGAUUUCAACUCUGAAGUUUCAUUUGGAUGAGUCACAGAAAACUUUACGGAAGGAAAGAGAAAUGCGUUCAUCUUUGGAAAAAGAAGUUGAGUUACUUGAGUCAGCAUUGUCUCUUUGGAAAUGCAAGUAUGAAGAAAUGAAAGAAUCAAAAGAGAGGAGUAUAAAUCAGUUUAAUAUGUUUCAUGACCUACAUGAAAAUGAAGUGGAAAAAAUUUCAGAAGACAGAAAGGAUGAAGUCAAUUGCCAAACUAGCAAGGACAGAUUGAUCUGUGAGCUGAGAGCAGAGCUGGAGAGACUGCAGGCUGAGAACACCUCUGAGUGGGGCAAGAGGGAAAUACUAGAAACAGAAAAACAAGCACUAGAAAGAGACAAUAGAAGAUUAAAGGCCCAGGUGAAAGAAAUGGAAGAGCUUUGGGAUAGAAAAAAUUCAUUAGCUUCAACCUCUAAAGGCCCUGACUUGAAGACAUCACAAAGUGAGCUGCUAGAGAAAAACAAGGUCCUGGCUGAACUUCAACAUGCCUACUACAAUCUAAAUAAACAGUACCAAGAUAAAAUGGCAGAAUUGAUUCAUGCAAACAAGAGAGUGGAUCAUCAUGAGGCAGAAGGAAAGAUACUCAGAUUUCGAGUGGAAGACCUAAAAAAGGGGCUCAACCAUGCAGAAGAUGAGCUCGACAACGCAAUAAAUCAGAUUCAUAAACUCCAGCGAUCUCUGGAUGAACAGAUAGAAAUGAAUGAUAAUCUACAGAUUCAGCUCAAUUAUCUACAAAGCAGAUUAAAAAGACAAAAAUAUAUGAGUUCUGCAUAUGGAAUCAAAUUGAGUGCAAAAUAUACCUCUGAUGACUCCACUGAAGCAGAGUAUGAAGAAGAAGGGGACCAGUCUGUUGCAUGA